AUGGCACUGUUCACCUUUGACGAUGAAGCCCACCUAGCGGGGAACACGAAGAGCGACUCGCUUGCAGCACGCAAGGAGCCCGCGCAACUCCCAGACAUCGACGAGCGCAUGCAUGUCGACGUGCCUGUUACGCAGACCCAUGUGGGCACUCCGCCCAUCGCUAUUGCGUCCCCGAUUCCGCGGCGGCUUGUGCAGCCAAACGCCGAGGCGAAGCAGCCAGCGCAUACCGACAAGCUGGACUUCGAUACCGUCAUGAAGAAGGCGCAGAAGAACAGGAGAAAGAAGAAGAAGGCUUCCAAGGCUGCGCCCGCCGCAUCCACGGUUCGUGGUUUCGAGACGCCUGCUGCGUCCGGCGGGGAAGAGUCGGACUUUUCUAUCGCGACCACUCCUCGUUUUGGGCCUUCCUGGUCUGCAUACCCAAGUGUUACGAGCAGUCCCGCCCUCCGGCCAACCUCCGCAGCUGGAGUUAUUGGCAAUCUCAGGCAGCAGCUCGAGGCCUUGAACAUCGGCCCGCGUGUCGAUUCUCCUCAAAAGCAGUGCGGCUGCGGUCCUGGCCAGCUCCGAUCUGGCCUGUCCAGCAACGCCAGUGUGUCUAACUUCAGCGACAGUGACCGCACGGAGAUGGAGAGUUAUGAGCUUGACCUCAACGAGGAUUUUGUCAGCCCUGAUGUCCGCUCAAAGCCUUCGACUAUGGUUACAAGCAGUCUUGCGCGUAAGAUGACGGCAGAAGACUUCGACACGCUUACAUGCCUAGGAAAAGGAAGUUUUGGCACCGUCCUCCUUGUUAAGCAGCGUGCGACAGGUCGCCUUUACGCACAGAAGCAGUUCAAGAAGGCCUCCAUCACCGUUCGCAAGAAGCUCAUCGAGCAAACGAAAACCGAGCGCUCUAUACUGGAGAGCGUCAACCGCCAUCCGUUCAUUGUCAACCUGUAUUAUGCAUUCCAGGACCACGAGAAGCUCUAUCUAAUCCUCGAGUACGCGCAGGGUGGCGAGCUCUUCCACCAUCUUGCGCAAGAGCGUAUGUUCAACGAGGACACUGCGGCCUUCUACAUGGGCGAGAUGGUGCUUGCUCUUGACUAUCUUCACCGCUCUGUCGGCAUCGUCUAUCGCGACCUGAAGCCUGAGAACUGCCUUCUCGACGCCGAAGGCCACUUACUGCUCACCGACUUCGGGCUCAGCAAAGUCGCUGUGGAUGACCAAACCUGCAACUCCAUCGCUGGAACCAUCGACUUCAUGGCCCCAGAAGUCAUCCAAGGGAAUGACUAUGGCAUGGCUGUAGACUGGUGGUCUCUUGGUGCUCUUGGGUACGACUUGCUCACUGGCUCGCCUCCUUUUGAGGGCAACAACCAUGCCAAGAUUCAACAAAAUAUCCUGCAUAAGAAGCUUACGAUGCCUUAUUAUCUUUCGCAAGAUGCUAAGGAUUUACUGACACGCUUCCUGCGCAAAGAGCCCAAAAAGCGUCUUGGCUACAACAUGCCUAAGGAUAUGAAUACCAUCCGUGCACACCGCUUCUUCCGCAAGCUCGACUGGAAGAAGCUCCAGGCCAGAGAGCUGGAGCCGCCGAUCAUCCCGCUCAUCACGGACCCAGAGUUGGCGGAGAACUUCAGCGACGAAUUCACGAGUGCGGCGCUGUCGAACGUCAUAAGCAGGAAAAACGAGCACGAUGAUCUGGAGGACGAGUACUCGGCUAUGGAGAAGGACCCAUUCGGCGGGUUCAGCUUCGUUGCCAGCCAAAGUCUGUUAGAUGAACCCGUUUUUGGGUACUAA